GCGGGGCGGGCGCUGCGGCGGGGUCGGGCGCGAGGAGGCGCGGCCGUUGCCUCCCCCGCGCCGCCGCUGCCGCCGCCACCUGAGGGGAGCCGCGCCGGGCGCAGCGGCGGGAGCCCGCGCUGAGCAGCAGCGGCCCAGGAGCAGAGGGAUGCUAGUCCCGUGCGUCCCUCCCCCGCUUUUACCGUCGCGGUGCAGCAGGGGCCCGGGGGACCGCUGGCGCGAUGCACAUGGACUUUCCCCGUCCCUGUGCAAUGUCGUGGGGACCUAGGGGCCAUCUAACAAAAGAAGAUCUUAACUCGACUGCUUUUGAGUCAGGAUGGGGUCAGUUGUGUGGGAAUGUGGAUAAACAUUUUAAUAUCUUAACCUAAUACAUGCUAUAUAAUAAUGUGAAAAGAAAAAGCAAGAUGUCUCACACCUCUGUCUCAAACACAUCAUCUGGACUGAGCAAACAGUGUUGUAUACAAAGAGCAUUCAAGUUUUGAAGAACCUUAAACAAGGACUGAAAAUAUUGGCAUUAAAGUGAAAUCUGAAGGUACUUGAGGAGUUUAAAGAGUUUUCUGACUGGACUUGAUAGCUGGCCCCAUUCGUGUGGAAGGAUGGCUGCUAGCUGGAUGUUCUGUUACCUUUGGCUUUUGGAUGUUUUGGUGGGGCACACAAGAGGGCACAGUUUAUUUUCUUGUGAGCCCAUCAUCUUGCGGAUGUGCCAGGAUCUGCCUUACAAUACCACAUUUAUGCCUAAUCUUCUGAAUCAUUAUGACCAGCAAACAGCUGCAUUAGCAAUGGAGCCGUUUCAUCCCAUGGUGAAUUUGGAAUGCUCCAGAGAUUUUCGACCAUUUCUGUGUGCCCUCUAUGCUCCUGUGUGCAUGGAGUAUGGCCGUGUCACCCUCCCAUGUCGCAGACUUUGUCAGAGGGCAUACAGCGAGUGCUCCAAACUCAUGGAGAUGUUUGGGGUCUCUUGGCCUGAGGAUAUGGAGUGCACCAGAUUCCCAGAUUGUGAUGAGCCAUAUCCUCGUCUUGUUGACCUCAAUUUAGCUGGGGAACCCACAGAAGAGACCCCAAUGGCAGUACAGAGGGAUUAUGGUUUUUGGUGUCCUCGGGAGCUGAAAAUAGACCCUGAUCUCGGUUACUCUUUCCUGAGGGUACGGGACUGUUCCCCUCCUUGCCCAAAUAUGUACUUUCGUCGUGAAGAGCUCUCCUUUGCUCGCUAUUUCAUCGGAGUGAUCUCCAUCGUCUGCCUUUCUGCUACCUUGUUUACUUUUUUAACUUUUCUGAUUGAUGUCACAAGAUUUCGCUAUCCAGAAAGACCCAUAAUAUUUUAUGCUGUCUGUUACAUGAUGGUGUCAUUAAUUUUCUUCAUUGGCUUUCUGCUUGAAGACCGAGUAGCAUGUAAUGCGUCUAGUCCUGCCCAGUACAAGGCCUCCACAGUGACACAGGGCUCUCACAACAAAGCUUGUACCAUGCUUUUCAUGGUACUCUAUUUCUUUACCAUGGCUGGCAGUGUUUGGUGGGUCAUUCUUACCAUCACGUGGUUCUUGGCAGCUGUGCCAAAAUGGGGCAGUGAAGCAAUUGAGAAGAAAGCAUUGCUCUUCCAUGCCAGCGCCUGGGGCAUUCCAGGAACUCUAACCAUCAUCCUCUUAGCAAUGAAUAAAAUCGAAGGUGACAAUAUUAGCGGCGUAUGUUUUGUUGGCCUCUAUGAUGUGGAUGCAUUGAGAUACUUUGUUCUUGCUCCCCUCUGCCUGUAUGUUGUGGUUGGAGUUUCCCUUCUGCUAGCUGGCAUUAUCUCCCUCAAUCGGGUUCGCAUUGAAAUCCCAUUAGAAAAAGAGAACCAGGACAAACUAGUGAAGUUCAUGAUCCGGAUUGGCGUGUUCAGUGUUCUGUACCUCGUACCGCUCUUGGUUGUAAUUGGCUGCUAUUUCUAUGAGCAGGCUUACCGAGGUGUGUGGGAGACCACGUGGAUUCAAGAACGCUGCAGAGAAUAUCACAUCCCGUGUCCCUAUCAGGUCACUCAGAUGAGUCGCCCAGAUUUGAUUCUCUUUCUCAUGAAAUAUCUGAUGGCUUUGGUAGUUGGAAUACCCUCUGUCUUCUGGGUUGGGAGCAAAAAGACCUGUUUUGAGUGGGCUAGCUUCUUCCACGGGCGCAGGAAAAAAGAAGUCGUAAAUGAGAGUCGGCAAGUGCUGCAAGAGCCAGAUUUUGCUCAGUCUCUUCUGAGAGACCCGAACACGCCCAUCAUCCGGAAGUCGCGAGGCACUUCCACCCAGGGCACCUCCACCCACGCCUCCUCCACCCAGCUGGCGGUGAUGGACGACCAACGGAGCAAAGCGGGCAGCGUCCACAGCAAAGUCAGCAGCUACCACGGCAGCCUGCACCGAUCGCGUGAUGGCCGGUACACUCCCUGCAGCUACAGAGGCGUGGAGGAAAGACUACCUCAUGGCAGCAUGUCACGACUGACUGAUCAUUCCCGGCACAGCAGUUCUCAUCGGCUUAACGAACAGUCACGUCACAGCAGCAUCAGGGACCUCAGCAGCAAUCCGAUGGCACACAUCACACACGGGACCAGCAUGAACCGCGUUAUUGAGGAGGACGGAACCAGCGCUUGAUCCGCUCUCGUCGUAAAGGCGUCGCUCGUGUGGUUGUGCGGCUCGCAGUCCCUUUCUCCGUGAUGUGAUAACGCUCAGUAUUAUCAUGCCUCUCGUCGGGUGCUCGUUUUGUGCAUCAGGAAGCCAAAAGUGGCGCGUUCGUUUUAAAGCCAGCGUUCUUGUACUUGCAUCAGAGCUAGAGUGUGCAGCAGUCUCAAAUUAUCAACUAAAAAGCUGGUUGCCUCAUUUGAACCUCUCAGUAGCUAAUUAUUUAUUUGAUAACUGCUAUUUUCCCAUCAGACGCCAUUGCUGAAUUUCUUAUUCAUCGUUAAAGAAAUCUUCCCCUCCCUCCAAUGUGUCUGCGUGUCAGUAAGUGUCACCCUUGAAAACUCGCUGGCAAGGUCACGUUGAGAGUUGUUCGAACAGGCACAAGGAAACUCCUGAAUAUUGAAGGGAUUCUUCCACGCAGCUCCUUUGUCUCUGAUUAGAUAAUAAACGGGUGCUUGUUUGCAUCAAGCACAGAGGGAGGGCCGCGUAUUAAAUCCUGUAUAAAGGACAUCUGUGAGAAAUCGGCAGGCAUUUCUAAACAAUUACACUGGAAACGCAACAAAGGAAUGAGCCUUCUGGAGAAGGGAAGGAAGCUCCGCUGCUGGUCACCAGCUCUUCGCAGAGCUGUUCAGGCUCAGUUGUUGGGACGGGGUGGGGAGGCAGGGGAGCGAGAGAGGCAGGGAAGGGUGAUUUUUGUAUAACUUGUAUUGUCCUUGCUUUUUUACAAAAUACUAUUUAAAUUUUCUACUUGUUUACAAUUUAUGUAGGAAGAGAUCGAUUUUAAAACCAGUUACCUAGAUAAUAUUCAGCCACUUAUUUUUAGAUUAAUGUACAAAAGCUGAGAUUGCCUGUUCCUGGUCUAUUUAAAAAAAAAAAAUAGAAAACCUGAACUUGUCACCCAAACCGGGAUGUGCAGCCUUUUCCUUACACCCAGAACGAACCCGUUCACCGCCCCCGCAGCCUGGGUCAGGAGGCCUUGGGCCAAAACGGACACAAGGGGUUUGGUCAGAGGUGGACUUUCCUUGCAAAACCACAGCUGAGUCCUGCGAGGGUUCCCUUUCCGCGCAGCAAGCAGGGAGCAGGAGGUUACAAAAGGGUGGGAAAAAUCACAGCAGGAGCUUUUUCCUUUCCAUUCCCUCCUAUGGAUUCAGAGGAGAGAUUCUCCUUUUGGUUUUCUCUCUUUUUGGGUUGGGGUAAACUGUCGUGUGUAAAUAACUUGCUGGGGUGCAUCAAGCCGUUGACGCUGCAGGAGACCGUCCAGGCGCGCUUUGGGCGGCACAGUAGAUCCUCUGAAGCAGCUACCGUGAGGAAAUACCGAUCACACUGAAACCUACCUCAGUAACUACUGCAGAUCGCUGCUGGGUAAUGAGCGCUCCUUUUUUCAUCGUCCUUGCCUAAUUCCCUUUUUGGCCUGUUUGAGGCAUGUUGAAAAGCCUCUGUAGAUGCUCGGUGGCACAGCCUCGAGGGCAGGAAUAGGGCACAGCCGCGGCCUGUGCUUCAGAGGCCUUCGAGCGGCAGGAGCGGAGCUGCGCUACGGUUACUUGUUUUAGCUGAUGACACGGCAGCAAAGCUUGCAGCUGCGCAGGCUUUGAAAGCACAGGUUGCUCCGGGAGUCACCGUGUCUUUCAGAAACACACUCACGGUAAAUCGUCUUUCUUGCUUCAACCAGGCUUUUGCUCCAAAGCAGAAGCCCAGACCAAACCCAACAGCAGAUAACGAAGCUCAGAAACGAUUCUGCCCUCUCUGCGCCGUUGUAAACGCAGGGUCGCGGGGACGGAGGUGGCUGCUCCGGGGGGCAGAGCAGCGGCAGCGCUCGCUCACAGAUCGGGUCAGCGAGCCGCCGCGGGGGCAGGCGCGGGGAUCACCGUCCAAAAACGCUCCAUCACCCCUCUCAAAGCUCACGGGCAUGAGGAGUCUUUUGAGUGCUUUAGCCUGGCAAAACUACAAUUCCCUGUGAGCAAAACCCUUUCUUCCAGUCUCGCUUCCAUUAAAUAACUUCAGUAACGCUUCAAAGGGAUGAUGGUUUUCAAGAAUGUGGGUUUGCAAAAGGAGCCAGCUAUGAGUCUCUGUAGACACCGUACCUGAACUAGGUAAGGUCCAGCCUUUACGUUGAUCUUGGCUAAACUUGCAGCAUCUUUUAACUGUAGCGAUGCUUUGGCUUGUUUGGAGUCAGGGAGGGGAGUGACGUCGAUUUUAAACACCUCUUAUUUGAAAGUUGUUAAUCUGCGAGGUUUAAUCCUCACAGAUUCUUCUUGUUCCCGGAUGGGCAUGUCCGAGCUCUUGCUUGUCCACACGUCCUCUCCUGCCACCCCAGAGGGACGGCUAAAACGUACGUCGCCUGGUUCCUGGGACAACGCGCUCCCGGGAGCUUGUUACCUUCCUCCUUUCGGCGUCGCUGAGCGAGGGGGAGGCUCGGGGGCUCGCGGGAGCCGUGCGCGGCGGCCGGCACGGUGUGGUCCCGGCGCCGGCUGGCUUUGCCCACGCUCGGCUCGUGGUAGACUCGUUUACAGUAGUGCAGUGUCGGUUUUGUAACAUUUGAUUUUUAGCACUUUACCUGUGAGUGUACAAACUGAUCCUGUUGUAGUGGGUGUACGUUUUAAUUUUAGACCUUGGAAAGUUUUUAAUAAAAUGAUGGAAAAAU